AUGGAGAAGCUGUCAGGGAAGGACAAGGAGCUGAUACGAGGCAGCUGGGAGAGCCUGGGCAAGAACAAAGUUCCUCAUGGUGUCAUCAUGUUUUCCAGACUGUUUGAGCUGGACCCUGCGCUCCUCAGUCUUUUCCACUACAGUACAAACUGUGGCUCCACAGAAGACUGCCUCUCCAGCCCCGAGUUCCUGGAACAUGUCACUAAGGUGAUGCUUGUGAUCGAUGCAGCAGUCAGCCACCUGGAUGACCUUCACUCCUUGGAGGACUUUCUGCUCAACCUUGGGAGGAAGCAUCAAGCCGUGGGAGUCAACACACAGUCAUUUGCUGUGGUGGGUGAGUCCCUCCUCUACAUGCUGCAGUGCAGUCUGGGCCAGGCCUACACGGCACCGCUACGUCAAGCCUGGCUCAACAUGUACAGCAUCGUGGUAGCAGCCAUGAGCCGAGGCUGGGCCAAGAACGGCGAGGACAAGGCCGACUGAGGCGCACAGCGGGAGCUGCUGAGCAGUUGCUGUCAAAUCAAUCAACAUGGUUGCCAUGGAAUAAGGUUGUGUAACUUGCAGCAUUGUGGCUUUGGCUGCUGUACAUUUGCUCUGUGAGUGGGGUCGCACAGUGUAGCGAAUGUAUGCUGUGGUUACACUGGAUGGUGUGAAGAUCUGAGCCAGUCUGGCUUGGUUCACCUGAGUUUGGACCUGUAAUCUGAGCUCCCCACACUAAGAAACAGGAUAACAGUCUAGUCUCUUUGUAUAUAAGGCUAUGAUAUAUAUACUCAAAUGAUAGCAGUGACUGUGGUGGUCUU